GGUAAACUGGCCUGUCCGACCCCGGGUUGUGACGGUUCUGGACAUCAAACCGGUCUCUACACUCACCAUCGAAGUCUGUCCGGCUGUCCACGUCGUCCCGACAAGUCGACGAUUCAAAUGCUCGCACUGCAGCAGGAUACCGUACUCCGAUGUACGACCCCGGGAUGUACCGGCAAAGGACAUGUGAAUAGUAAUCGUACAUCGCAUAGAAGCUUGUCUGGUUGUCCGAUAGCUUAUCAGCAAAAAUUAAGCCGGAAAGGUGUCAAG